UAAACAGAACCAGAUUCUAUUUCCGAACGAGCGUAAUCCGAACCCGAGACAUGAAGCAGUACAGAGACGCAUUAAAAGCUCUCAUCCCACCAUACUCGAUUUCUGUCCGACGACCCCCAUUUUCGCAGGCGUCCAGCAGCCCCGCCUCGCACCUACGCCACGUCCAGAAGCUCACGUUCAGAAGGCCACCCACGCCAGAUCUGAGGAGCCCUGCUGCAAACCGACGCCUCACAACAGCCAUCUUCUCUCCCAUAAGCCGUCGUCUGCGAGCUACCAGCGCCUAUCGUGAGCAGGCGAGGGUUCUAGUCGUUUCGACCAAGAACCCUCGUUCCUGCAGCCCGAUCCUUCUAUUCGAGCAUCACCUCACCAUCGCUCAGUUUCGCGACUAUCAUCCUGAAAAAUUCUCCAGCCAGGGAGAUCCUCGAGUUGUUGAUGAAUGGGUCCAGGGCCUUGAAAUGAUUUUCGAGGUUAUGGAAUGUCCCGACCGUUAUCGUGUUCUAUGCGCACAAAUCCAAUUGACGGGUGAUGCACGUCUCUGGUGGAACGCCUACUGCGGAAUGCGUCCUGGUGAAAAUGAAGGUUGUACGUGGGACAGGUUUAAGGAGUUGAUUCGCGAGAAAUAUUAUCCCGCGUACUAUCGAGCUGACAUGGAGCGUCAAUUUCUGGCGCUUAAACAAGGUACUCGUGCGGUGGACGAGUACGAGCGAGAGUUUACUCGGCUUGGAGCCUUUGUUCCCGAUCUGGUGAGCACAGAGGCAAAGAGAUCGAGACGUUUCACCGACGGGCUUUUACCAGUAGUUGUUCAUAACAUUGUAGGUCACGGCGUUCAGACCUAUGCCCGUACUGUCACCAUAGCCCAAGAAGUUGACGCCAGCAUCCGGAGAGAGGCCAACCACGAUCGUCUUCAGCCAAUUGCCCCUGCCCAGUCAUCUUUAGCCCCACCAGUUCAACCAGCUGCUGCCCAACAACCGAAGGACAAGAAGAGGAAGGGGAGAGGCUUCCAGACUGACAGGAGGAUCCGCCCGAAACAACCAGGUGCUGCCAGGCCACAACAG